UUUUAUUGUUAAAUAUACGUUGAUUCCUGUAUGGAGGCAUCGGUGAUUCACUGUUACUGGAUUCAGAGUCCUGUUAAGUGAAAGCUCCUUCCAUUCCGCCUAGAAUAAUUUGAAAAUCUGCGAGGAUUGUUUAAACACCUCACUUUUUCUGUUAAUCUCUCAAGGACUCACAUCGCUCGGGUUGACUUAGCUAUGUUCGGCAUAAAAUGCGUUUCCCCGUUUCUUGGACAAAAAUCCUGUUCUAUGGCCACUUUGAAAGAUAUCGCAGUGAGACUACGGUCUGUCAAAAACAUACAGAAAAUUACUGCAUCUAUGAAAAUGGUUUCAGCAUCGAAAUUCGCUAGAGCUGAACGUGACUUACGUCCGGCCAGACCUUAUGGUCAUGGUGCUCGAGCAUUUUAUCAGACCGCAGAAUUAGUACCAAAGGAGAUCAAACCUAGUGGGAAUGACCUACUGAUCGCAAUCACAUCUGAUAGAGGUCUAUGUGGUGCAGCUAAUAGUAGUAUUGUGAAGGCAAUCAGAGCUUUGCUUCGUAACAACCCGGAGCUAGAAAAGUCGUGCAAGUUACUUUUAGUUGGUGACAAAUCUCGUGCAAUGAUGAUUCGUCAGUAUCGUAACAUGUUUUUGAUGACUGUCAAUGAAGUCGGCAAAAAAGCACCUACUUUCGAGGAUGCGUCCACAAUAGCCCAGGCAAUAAUAUCGACUGACUUUAAAUUUGAUAAGGCUGUGAUGUUUUACAAUACGUUCAAGACAGUUGUAUCAUACAUAACGACAAGUCAGCCGCUCUUAAGCCUAAAUAAACUAUCUUCUUCUGAAAACAUUGGUAUUUACGACUCAGUAGAUGAUGAAGUCUUGCAAAGUUACAAUGAGUUUCUCCUGACCUCACUAAUUUUCGCUGCCUUAAAAGAAGCAGCUGCUAGCGAACAAUCUGCUCGGAUGACUGCUAUGGAUUCUGCUACGAAAAACGCAGGUAUGUAUCCUAUUUCUUCUUGCAUUAUUUGAAGGUGAUAUGUUGGGUAAACUGACGCUUAGUUAUAAUCGGACACGUCAGGCAGCAAUCACACGUGAGCUCACUGAAAUUAUAUCUGGUGCUGCAGCGGUCUAAUUUUGUUGGUAAUUUCAACUAUUUUGAGACAAUAUAAUCCAGUAGUAAAUAUUCAUUAAAUAUUUCAUACUGUUUUCCUUCGUGUAUUUAGUUUCAUAUAAUAGCAAGUACAGUUUAUUUAGAAGUUAGUUGAAUGUGAUGAACCUGAUGUAAGUAAGCAUAGGUUAAUAAGGGAUUUAUAUAUGAUGGACUUUUAUCAUUAGGACACAAACCGUAGUUAAUCGAAGUGCAGAAACAGUUGACAUGGCACUAGUUUCUCUUUAGAUCUAGUAAAGUAGCGGCUAUAGGUUCUGGACAGGCCACCUUUUGGGAGUAUUCACUCUAUAUGUAUUUAUAGGGUAUUUUUCUCAGGAGUCAACUGAUUAGAUUUCAAAGUUUUUCAUAGACUUCAUCAACUCCCGAUUUUGCUAAGAUUUGAAUAAAUUACUAGCUCUGUACUUUUACAUAAAAGUAGUAUAGGAUAUCUAAGUGCAAAUUCACGGUUCUCUGUGUAAUGUCUUCAGGAACUUUUUGGAUUAUCUUCAUUACGGCGAGUAGGCUGUAUAUUUAGAUUAGUCACAAAAUAAGCCCUUAUACUAAGUACAGUUCACCUGGAGCUAUUAAUAUUCUAUAGUAUAUUUUCGUAUUUAGAUAUAGCUCUUUAGACAUAACUAAAUUGUGUUGAUUAAUGAUAAUGCUGAGGUAAUAUUUGGGUACAGAUUCGGCGCAUCGAAUACCAGCAGACAAGUGAAAAAAGUAUAUUUAUCAGUGAGUUCAUAAGUGUAAAUCAAAUCAAGUAAAAGAACAAUAGUACGUCUAUCUGAUGAGAUUACCUACAAAACUGUUUUUAAACUAUCAGUUGUAGUGUUUCGGUUUAUAGGAAUACUUCGUAAGGUGCCCAGACGUGUUUACAUGCGAAUAUUGUCUAUAAUUUGAUAUACUAUCAUAUAAAUAGUCCAUGACUUUACGGAUAACUAACAGCAUUAAAUAAUUUCAAUACAUCCUUUCUCAAGUUAAACUAAAAGAUGUAAGAAAUUUCGCUGAACAAUGGGUCUUAAAGUUGCACGCGCAUAAUUUAGUGAUCAAUUUGAUUUGUGAAGUUUACUAGGUAUUGUAUGUACAUCACGGCCUAGAAAAUUUGGGCUUAAUGUACUGGAUCUCAUCAGCGGUGUCUAGUUGUUCCUUUCUUGGUAUAUUGAGGAAUGACCUCGCUGACUUGCCUCAGUCCAUGCAUUUGAACUUAUAAAGGGUUCAAGUAAUGUGGAUUUUAUAAAUGUGAUAAAAUAAACUUUCAGAAAUACAUAAUAUAUCUGAAGCAUUCCCACCUACCUUCACUUUUGUAUGAAGACCAUUCGUACUACAGAACUGCCAGAAACAAGGACGGUAGAGGAUUCAAUUUAUCUUGAGAUUUGUGUUUGUUUGUCACCAGAAACUGAUAUCAACGGUGUGGCUAUGUGUGUGACUCUAAUAUUUUAAGAUAGGUUUCCACAAGGUCGCUUUGACCUUGAACUACGUCAGUCAGUCAGUCACAACGUAGAACUUCGUACGUAUGUACAUCAGUUCGAGUUGCCAUACCACAUUAGCACAGAGAUGCAGUUGUCGAUUCAAAUCCCAUAGUGGUAGAAGUAGUAGGAGUAUAAUCAGAAAUCCAAAAGAUUAGGGGUUUGAAGAAAUUAUUGAAGGAGUAUAGUACAGUG